AUGAUGUGGAGCAGAAAGGUGGUGGAGCAUCACGUCGGCUCUGGCAGGCAGCCUGUGGUCAGUCCCAAGUACUGUCCUGGAGCCAACAACAGCCCAGGUUACCGGUGUGAAACCGGACACUGCUGUGGAGAAACGGGCUGCUGUACCUAUUACUAUGAACUCUGGUGGUUUUGGCUGCUGUGGACGGUGCUGAUCCUCUUCAGCUGUUUCUGCGCUUACCGUCACCGGCGAGCCAAGCUGAGGAUCCAGCAGCAGCAAAGGCAGAGGGAAAUCAACCUGAUCGCCUACAACGGGGCCUGCAACUACCCGUCCUCGAUGCUGGACCUCAGUUUUCUGACGUCCCUGAAGCUGCCCUCCUACGAGGAAGUGACUGCCCAGCCCUGCACUCCUCCGCCUCCUUACAGCUCCAUCUUCGCCCUCCAGGGAGGCACCGCCGCGGGGCCCAGCUCCUCUUACCCCCACCACCACCACCACCGGCACCCCUGCCCUCCGUACCUGGGCCCCGGCCCGAGCGGCCUCACCUCCUCUCAGAGCUCCGACAACUACACCAGCUGCUCCUGCGAGUCCUGCUCCCUCACCUCCCCGUCCAGCACCUCCUUCUCGGUCCAGGUGACCGACGAGACGUACAACAGCAGCCACGUGUCCACGCCCAGCGAAGCCGGGGGGGACUACGCCGUCAUGCUGAGAUCCUUGCCGUCCCCGUCGCAGGUUCCUCCGGACGUCAUACCCGCAGCCACUCCUGACGUUAUACCGGCGCAGCGACGUCCCUCCGCCGGCAGCGACAGACUCUCGCCUCCUCGCCCUCCUCUUUCCCUCCCCUUGCACUCACAGUCCUCGCAUCCCGCUCGCCUUCCUCUCUCCCCCCUUGUCCUGUUGUCCUCUGUUCCUCCUGGUCAGGUCCAUUUCAUCGUGCCGUCUGAUCCGACGGCCGCUGGUGAGUCCCCGCCCCGCGAUGUGGCCCCGCCUCCUUCCGCGCAGCGUCCGCGCUCGUCAAACGCGGGUGAUUGCAGCGGAGAAGGGCAAAAACGAGAGAGAGCAGAAGAAGAGGAGGAGGAAGAGGAGGAGGAAGACGAGGAGGAUCAUUUCAGCCACCGACGGCUCACAGGCGACUCUGGCAUCGAAGUGUGUCGCUGUCACGUGAGGAGAGGGGAGGCGGAGCUGCAGAAACGGCCCCUGGAUGAAGGGAAGGGAGAAGGAGCGGUGCGGGGAAGUGUUGACGGUUCCCUGGGGUCAAAGCACAGCGCGCGGUCAUCCAUGUCGGGUCCCUGCGAGACGCGGGGCAGUGAGGCUCCUUCCUCCUCCACCGUCGCCUACAAGGCCGGCGAGGCCGCCGUGACCUUGGAGUCGUCGUAACCCGACAGCCCGCGUGAGGUGGUCGAUUGAGCAGGAAUUAGACGUCCAUGCUUUGCAGCAUUCCUAUAGGUCAAGACUAGUAGGUGAGGAACGGGUAAAUCACUGAAGGAGAGUCUUGCAGGUCUUACCGUAGUAGUCGAAAGGACAGUAGGUGUGAUGGAGCUUUCCGAUCGCUCUGUUUCAAAAGAGAAACUCCCAGAGAGACUCGAAGCGGAACUUUUAAAUUAUGGAGAGCAUAAUGGGUUUCUGGCAGAACAGACAAGUGACUAAUUUCUCCCUUAUGUCGUUUCCUAGCUGAAAGCAGCAUAGCAGUAGCUACGGCUUCGCUGUUACCUGGCAUGCAUUGCAUGCAAACCAACCACAAUGGUAUUCCUGCUCUUCUGUCAUUCACUCUGCACUGUCCUCAGAGUGUCGUUCUAACACGGGAACCCUAUGUGUCCGGUUCUGGUCGGCUUCGGGUGAUUUAAAAAAUGAGAUGAAAAGCCUAACAACUCGGUUUUCUAAAUAUCGUUUCCACAGGAAAUGCCGACCUUCUUCUGGAAAACCACCAAUCAGUCAGAUCGGUUUGCGUUGACUCGCUUUAAUUGGUGAUCGGCAAUAUUUUCAGUCUAUAAACACAUCAGCCGACAGAAUGUUACAUUGAUGCACUUAUUUGAGUUUGCUCAGAUAUGAAUUGGGGGGAAAAUAUCGGAGUUCUUCAUUUUUCUCUGAAAUUCAAGGCUUCCACCUCAGUCAAUGAACUUGCAGCUUUUCUUUUUUCUUUUAUGUGUUAUCAAUCCUGACUGAUGUAAACUGGCAGGCCAGGCUUCAAAGAAAACGUUCAAUCGGUAAGAAAAAACCCGAUCGGUGCAUCUCAAAUGUUUUUUUUUUUUUUUUUUUUACAUUCUGGAAAAAGCUGUGUAUGUGUAAAGCUAAAAUCCAGCUCAACCUUUGACUGUUCUAGAUAGAAUCCAGCAAAAAAAAAAAAGAUUAGGAUCCACUGCCUUUGAGACCACUCUUGAUUUCCAAGCAUUAAAGUGCAAAGCACAUCAUCAAGCCUGUUAAACCAAUAACAGUUUCCCUGAAGUGGCAGAAAAUUAUGCUUCUACUUUUCGAAGUGCGGCUUCGAAACAGAACUGGAUAGGACAACGUAGUCUUAUUUCUCUUUCUACAAAGUUGGAGUCACAAAAACUGAACAAAGCAAUGUUAAAAAUGGAUGUUUUUACUAACCUGCAUCCCGUUGGUUGUACAAGGAGCGUGUUUUAAAGCUUUCAUACCUUCACGGUGGUAUCACAGUGGUUCCACUCUGUUGUUCCAGACUGUUAGGUGUGCGUGCUGUAAUUACCAAGUGUGUUUAACCUUAGACUGAAAGUGUCUUAGCGUGUUUCCAGCCAACCGUUGUCCGAUUUGAAAGGCAACGUGAAUCUGUUUUCCUCCAUGAACUGACGGUUGAGUUUUUUUUUUUUUUUUAUAUAGCAUUGAUACUUUAAAAUGAACUUUUGUCAACUGAUGAUGAAUGUAGAAAGGUUAUGCAUACUAGCGAGUAAAAACACAGUAAGCUGCAUGCAAAACCACUGCAGGACAAUGCAGCUAAACCUUUGGGAGCUUUAAAAACAAAUGGAGCGGUUUUAUGUCUAACCGUGUUUUGUAACGUUGAAUAUCAGAGAUGGCAUUGUACGGGAUGAGGGUUUUGAUUUUCUGACCUUCGCCUCAUUGGAUUGUUGUAUGUAAAAAUAACAAGCUGGACACAGCGCAUGUUUUCUAUCUGUAAAGCGUUUUCUCUUCUUCCUCAGUGUUUCUCUGUACAACCACAUGGAGCUAAAGGAUGGCCAUACAUUUUUGUCAAUUUAAAAAAAGAUGAAACAGAAUUCCAAAUUUUGGUCUUAAACUUUGAAAAACAUAAAAAUAAAACUAUGAAAGUGAAGAGAAGUUAAGGUCCAAUCAUGUGGAUUGGAUGUUCAAUAAUGAACAAAGUGCUUAUUUUAUUCUUAUUUUAAAAUACCAAAUAUUUUAUUUUUAUCAAUCACCAUUUUCUAUUAAUGUAGUCACAAACAGGUAAAAAUUUUAAUUUGGUCAAACUUUUUCAUAUUUAUAAU